CUCUUUACCAACAACGCAUGAAACAAAUAUUUUGAAUACUUUUUGCAGGUAAUGAAAAUAGGGGUUUUUUUUUUCAUUAUUUAGAAAUAUAAUCUGAUGCAUGUAUAUAAAAGUCGUGAUUUAUGGGACAAGCUUUCACGUGAUACAGUUUUUUAUAAUUCUGUGACAGGAGCAAUGGGUCAAUUUCAAUGGACAAGAUCUGAAACAAAUAAGGCAUAUUUAAAUGCUUUAGGUGUUACAUUUAGUUAUGAAGAUAGACCCUCCAUGGGCACAUAUCCUUCAUUAUCAUCUAAUGUAAUUCAUAAAUCGCCGAAAAAGAGAAUAUCCAGUAUUGUAGAUGAUCAACGUGUUAUGUCAGCGGAACCUGAGACUAUACAAACACAUACAAGGUCAGCAUCAGCAACAACUGGUCUAAAAGUGAUGACUACAACUAUGAAUGAAAACACAAAAGAGGUAGAACAAGACAUGGAAUUAGAUAUAGAUAUUGCCAGAGCUUAUUGUGAAUUAACAGAAGAAACUAUUCGAGUAUUUCCUAAUGUUAAACUGAAUGCCAUGGUAAAUGAGUUGACACGACUUCAGAGACAAGCUGCGGAAUAUCUUGAUAACUUAUUAGAUCAAAAAGAACAACUUAAGAUAGAUGCAGAGACAUACAAUGAUUUAAUUAGCUGUAUUGUAGGACAUGCUCAAAGACUUCAUGUUCAAAAUAAGGACGCUAGUCCAGCAAUGGUUUCUAAAAAGAAGAAAAAUAGUACCUUUUCAAAUAUGAUGAGACGGAAACCAACCAUUAGCUCGCAGCAAAGUGUAUCAAUGGGAGGUGGUGUAGUAGGUGUAAAGCAACAGCAACAAGGCCCAGCACCAAAAAGGACAGCAUCUACUAUUGCUCAUAAUGUGUCUAAUGCUGACAAGAGAAGAUCAUUGUAGAGCUUUUUUUUUUAACUUGUUUCAUGCAUGCUUAUUAAUGCCAAUCAUCAGAUUUUUAUAAAUGUUAAUAUUGACUGAAUUUAAUACAUGUCAGUCACGUAUUUUUAUUUUUUGUAUAGACUCAUUUCCUGAUUU